UAAUAUUAUUGUUACUAUUGUUAAUAUGACUAUUGCUGUUACUGUUAUUAUUGUUGAAAUUGUCUUGUGUUGACAUGCAUUAAAAACAUGAACGUCAUAAAAAGUGUUGCUGAAAACAGACAUGAUGUGUCAAACCAACCCCACAUGGCCACGCCCACCUGUUACUCUAUAACUGUGGACCAGGUUCACUUGUGUUUCUGCAGCCUCCAGAACAUGGACCAGGUCCAACACACCGUCCUCAUCCUGGUUUUAGCUCUACUCUGCUUCAAAGGUUUUACAGAAGGGAACGAUGUAAAGCAGACUCGGAUUCUGUGGAAAGAGAUGGGACAAACAGCCACCAUGAACUGCAGUCACACUAAGGGUGGAGGCUACUACCAGAUGUACUGGUACCGACAGCUGCCAGGACAGAACAUGGAACAGAUGGUGUUCACCAUCGCUAAUUCUAAACCCGACUUUGAACCAGACUUCAGAAACGACAGGUUCUCCACCACCAAACCUGACGCUGACAGUGGAACGUUGACGGUGCGGAACCUGGAGUACGCAGAUACAGGCGUGUACUUCUGUUCUGUUCACUUGUGUUUCUACAGCCUCCAGAACAUGGACCUCCAGAACAUGGACCAGGUCCAACACACCGUCCUCAUCCUGGUUUUAGCUCCACUCUGCUUCAAAGGUUUUACAGAAGGGAACGAUGUAAAGCAGACUCGGAUUCUGUGGAAAGAGAUGGGACAAACAGCCACCAUGAACUGCAGUCACACUAAGGGUGGAGGCUACUUCUACAUGUACUGGUACCGACAGCUGCCAGGACAGAACAUGGAGCAGAUGGUGCUCACCAUCGCUAAUUCUAAACCCGACUUUGAACCAGACUUCAGAAACGACAGGUUCUCCACCACCAAACCUGACGCUGACAGUGGAACGUUGACGGUGCGGAACCUGGAGUACGCAGAUACAGGCGUGUACUUCUGUUCUGUGAGUCAACACAGUGACACAGACUGAAGGGGAGGCUCAACAAAAACCUACAAACCACAUUGUGUUCAUCUAAUACACACAC